GCACAUCACCACUCUGAAUGGGCACUUGGAGGUCGCUCGCUGCUUGCUGUCUGCCGGGGCAGACUUGGGCCGAAGAAAUGCCGACGGUGGCAGUGCGCUUCACGUGGCGGCUUGGACGGGAAAUCUUGACCUCAUGAAACUGUUGUUCGCAGCAGGAGCAGAUCCCGAGAAGCCGCAGAACGAAGGGUGGACGCCCUUGCACAUCGCCAGCCGGAACGGUCACGCACAGAUCGUGCAGUGGCUGCUCUUCGACUUGGGAGUUAAUGCAUACCAGCGGGUGGAUGCUGGCUGGAAGCUCUGCUUGAAGAGUUCUGCAUCGUAG